AGUACCCCUUUAGAGUUUCCAUUGCAGGUAGACUUCUUCAUUCCCUCUUCAAAUCCAUCUGCUUGUCAUCUUGCAGGAGAUGAUCUGGGGGAGUACUUCUUACAAAGCUCUGUCUUGCGAGGUGUUCAAAUGACAAUGCCAAGUGUGGCAUGGUUGCUUCCGUCAGACCUUUUCUGGAAGCCGAAUGAAGUCUUUAUUGAGACGGAAUCCCGCAACUACACCCUCGAGGACUUCGAAGACUUUUUCAAUGAUAUCUCUUAUCCAACUGGAUGGGAAAUGCGUAAAGAUGUUCUUAAGUACGCUCAGCGCUUUGCACCUCCUGGUGUUGAGGUUCAUUGUCUUCAUGGUUAUGGCGUUAACACAGUCGAAAAAAUGAUUUACAAAAAAGGCAAAUGGCCUGGUGGCUACCCAACUUUUUCUUUUGGAGACGGAGAUGGAACGGUAAAUAAGAGGAGUUUGGAAGGCUGCGUCUACUGGACUGGCAAACAGAAACAGAAAGUCUACCAUCAGGUGUUCCCAAAAGUCGAUCACAUGGACAUUUUGCAGGAUAAAAAUGUUGUGUCAUACAUCCAAAACCUUUUAGUGAAACUGUGAUUAUUACUGAGUGCGUCCUGGUUACCUGAUUUUAUUUUCUACUAACCUCAUAUCAGUCAAUAUAAUAGAUCUGUAAGAGCUUUUGUUUUUUCUUUCUCUCUUUUUUCAAAUUUGUCUGCUUUAGUACAGUCAAAUUGCCUGAAAGUCUCAUUGUUGUUAUUUAGUCUUGUAAAAUGUUGCCUUAAUUCAGUGUCGUGCUCAAGUCUAUGCAUUAACAAGGUGUCAGCCAGAAAAAAUAAAGGUGAAGAAACACCACCUAAAAAUUUUAAACCAAUAAAACACUUUUUUUUUUUGUUUAAAGGCAAGUGAAAAUGUUAUAAUAAGUCCAUUUUGCAGGGGCCUGAGAAGAAUUUGGGUUCUCCCAAUCGGCCUGCUAAUCAGAUAAAGUAUUGCCAUCCAGAGGCAAGAAGCCGAUCUAGCUUUAACUGAUAACUGAAAACUUGUAAGCUUACAACUAUUGAAUAUUUAGAUAUUCAUGUAUAGAGCAUGGUUACAUUUUGAUGCAACUGUACAAAUAUGGCGGGAAAAAACUAUGGAGGCAGGAAACGCCCUCUCACAUACUGAGUCAGCUGGCACCUUUCUCUUCAAUUAACUGUAAUUUUUGAGUCGCUCAUUUUCAUGCA